GUCCCACAAGCCAACGCGGGCGCAGCCGUUGAAAGGCAAUUGCUGUUUCAGAUAGAGCGAGAAGGAAAAAAAAAAAAAAAAAACCGGUUCGCCAUAAGCAGCGUGUGAGGUGACGGCUGAAGACCGGCAAACGGCGAUCUGUUAUCCCGCCUUUGUUUUCUGUUCCUCAGCAAUACAACAUGGCAUCUGAAGACAUUUCACAGUUGGCUGAUUCCCUGGCAAAGACCAAGGUGGGAGGAGGAGAGCUGAGCUUUAAAGGGAGAACUCUGAAGCUGAACACGGCACAAGAUGCGGAGGAAGUUGUGCAAGAAAUUGAAGGAUUUGAAGGACUUCAAGCACUGCGUCUUGAAGGUAACACUGUGGGUGUUGAAGCUGCAAAAGCCAUAGCAAAGUCUUUGGAGAAGAAGACCGACCUCACGAGGUGUCAUUGGAGUGAUAUGUUCACCGGGAGAUUGAGAUCUGAAAUUCCUCCAGCGCUGAUUUCUUUAGGUGAAGCCUUAAUAACCGCUGGUGCACAGCUGACAGAACUGGAUUUGAGUGACAAUGCGUUUGGACCUGAUGGUGUGCGAGGAUUUGAGGCGCUGCUCAAGAGUCCCUCCUGCUACACACUGCAAGAACUCAGACUAAACAACUGCGGCAUGGGGAUUGGUGGAGGAAAGAUUCUGGCUGCAGCACUUAUCGAGUGCCGAAAAAAGUCCAGUUCUAUUGGCAAACCCCUGUCUCUGAAAAUAUUUGUGGCUGGAAGAAAUCGCUUAGAAAAUGAUGGUGCCACCGCUUUGGCAGAGGCAUUUAGGUUAAUAGGCACCUUAGAGGAAGUACACAUGCCCCAGAAUGGAAUAAACCAUGCUGGCAUUACUGCAUUGGCUGAAGCCUUUAAAGAGAAUCCACUGCUGAAAGUUAUUAAUCUCAACGACAAUACAUUUACAGAUAAAGGAGGCAUUGCUAUGGCAGAGGCAUUAAAGACUUUAAGGCAAGUGGAGCAAAUCAAUUUUGGGGAUUGCUUGGUGCGCUCUAAAGGAGCACUGGCCAUUGCUGCUGCCCUGAGAGAGGGGUUACAUAAAAUAAAGGAAAUUAACCUUUCCUUCUGUGAAAUAAAAAGAGAUGCAGCUAUUAGUUUGGCAGAAUCAAUAGAAGAUAAGUCUGAACUCGAGAAAUUGGAUUUAAAUGGAAAUAACCUGGGUGAAGAAGGUUGUGACCAUGUUCAGGAAAUUUUGGAUGGCUUUAACAUGAGUUCUGUACUGGCCUCCCUGAGUGAUGAUGAAGGGGAUGACGAUGAUGAGGAGGAUGACGACGAUGAUGAGGAGGAGGAAGAUGAUGAUGAUGAUGGGGAGGAGGACGAGGAAGAUGAGGAGGAUGAUGAUGAUGAUGAUGAUGAUGAUGAAGAAGAGGAAGGAGAUGAAGAGGAGGAAAAUAAGCUAGAAAAGUCUAAGAAAUUUCCACUUCAGGAACCAACACCUGCUGUCUCUCCUCGUCCUCCCCCUGUUGAUGCCUCUACUUUUCUCAACUUUCCAUCUCCUGAAAAACUCUUGAGAAUGGGUCCCAAACGUUCAACAAUUAUUGCCCAGACGGAUGUUUCAGAUACUGAGAUGGUAGUACAGGCUUUCAUCCAAAUAUCAUCAGUGUACAGAGAUGAUCAGGAGAUAAAGACGGCAGUGGAGGAAACAGUCGAUGAGUUGAUGAAAAAGGCUUUUGGCACCACCGCUUUUCAGCCAAACAUGUUUAUUACUAGUUUGCUAGUUAAAAUGGGACUACUUAAGAGUGAGGAAAAGACGAAAGCCAUCCCACACUUGUAUGGACCUUUAAUGUCUUUAAAUCACGUUGUGGAGCAGGAUUAUUUUCAGAAGUCUCUUAUUCCUAUUCUGUUGGCUUUUAUUUCAAAGCCAAAUCGUGCGCUAGAAUCGCAGCCUCAAGCUAGGCACAUUCUCAUGCAAACUCUUCAUAAGUUGUAACCUUUCCAGCAGGACUGUGAUGGUUCAAGUCUCAAAUGUCUGACUUUUAGGAGGGAAACAAUCAAACUUUGCUAUGAGGGUUAACCGCCUUUUCUUCUCCCCGCAGCCCCUUUUCCAGUCUCUGUUUACACAGGAUGAGGGUUUGUGCCCAACCUAUCAAUACUGAAUGACCCAGUUAACUUGGUCUGAAUUUCAGGAAACGGUGUCUAAAACUGGACAGUAACUAAAUGUGUCUUUGAUGCCGCAUAUAUAUAUAUAAAAAAAAAUUCUAUGGUGUUCACUCCAUUGAAAUGACUUUGAAGCUCUUAUCUGAAGGUGUAAUGCUUACUAUUUGGUUACCGAUGGUCUUCAUUUGGAAUUUGAUCCAUAACUAAUUGUCUUAAACCUGCAAGUAGAGUCCAUUGAAUUGCUGGUGUAUUUUAAGAAAGAUGUUCUGCUUCAACAGAAGAGAAUCUGGAUAGGGAUUUCAUUUGUGUAUCUCUAAAGCUAAUGCCUGGAUAUUUUGACAAAGGCAAAGCCUUGGAUCUCAAGGGACGUGUGCUGGUUCAUUUGUAAAUACAUUGUGUUUUUUUAUUCAUGUUACAAUCUUUCUUUACUCUUGUAGAGCUAAAACCUUUUUAACAUAUAUUUGCAUUUCCCAAUAUGAUUUGUUACAAUGAUACAACAGUGUCUAUUUGGUAGUGUGUUACUGAGUGCGAUGUGGAUUGCUGUAUUUUUUUUUUUCUAAUUUAAGCCACAUCAUGACGUAUCAUACUAACACAAAAUGUAAUAUAGGAGGUGUGUUCUGCAGAACUUAGUGUUCAUAUUGCAUUAUAUUGCCAAUAUAAGCUCUAAAGCUGAAGAGAGAAAAAAAUAUAUAUUGGCACUUACAAUUUGGCCUGUUACCUGAUCAAACUGUCUGGAGACAGGGACAUUAGCCCAAUAAACUUAUAGCUUACAUACUACGGCACUUGCUUAUAUGCAAGUUGACAAGUAGCAUGUAUUGUUCAUAUUGAUGGAGUUUUGGCUCUGUUAGAAAAAGAAAUAACAGGUCUCUAAUGGUAUUCAGGACCCUUAUGGGCAUGUUAUUGGGUCCUCCAUACUUGAGAUGUUGGGUCAUGAGUGUGGUUGGACAGACCCAGCAGUCACCUAGUCAAGACAGUACUAAAUUGUGUAAAUCCUUUCUGCAGGACUCUAUAUUUCCUUCAAGCUCUUAUUGGAAUGACCGGUACCUGUCCAGUCGUGCUUAACAGUAAAGUAUCGAUCUUGUCUGGUUAAAUAAACUUAUCACAGAG